UUUCAUCGGUAGGCUUGAGUUCGGUUUGUUGUUGUUGGGUAAUGUUUAUUAUUUUUACCCAUGAUAAUAGGCUCAAUUGAAGUUGUUUAUACGAUGCUGUUGAUAAAAAUGCAUUCAAAGUAGUACAUAUAUUAAUUUAAAAUAUUGUAUUAAAUCAAGAACAGUUUUUAUUAACUACGUGCUAGUGAUUAGAGGUUAUCUCUUGGUUUACAUUGUCCAUUGUAAUUUAUCAUUGAUCAGAGAAUGUUAAAUACAAAAUUCAUCAGUGGUAUAGUUUGGUAAUUUGCUUUUGGGCUGGUUAUGGUUUUAGAAGACACCGAAUGUGAAGAUAUGAUUGAUGGAAGUGGAAAACAACCAGAAGAUAGCGGUAUGGAGUCUGAUAACACUUCAGAGAGCACUGGAGACGGUGGUGGUGCUGGAGGUAAUCAGGAGGACGUGUCUGAUAGUAACGUGACCAGGGAUGGUGAUGAGUACCAGAGUCGACCUGAGAGUCGAACAGACACCAUCACUACAGCAACACCAGAGAGUGAAAGGAGGAGUGUCAGUAUAGCGACGAUGCUGCCGUGGGGUGCUCACAAAGAACGGUCCCCACAACUCACCUCACUCAACAUUGAUAUGGAUAUCCGUCCGGGGGAAUUCGUCAUGCGCACACUUUUUGCUGACUUCACUCUGCAGGCCGAGAAGAAAAUUGAGACUGUUCUGUCUGAACCUGAGAAGAUGCUGUCAAAAGUAUUACAGCGCGGGGAGGACCCAGUGUUUGACCAGCUGCUCUCGGCUUUCGGCUGUGUAGCCGAACACUGCCUGCCAUCCAUGCUCAAAGCCUUGUUCGCCUGGUACGAGAGGCAGAUAGGAGAUGUUGGUGUCAUUGAAGCCAAGAAAGUCGAUCAAAAAGGAAAAAGUGGAGAUGCUGGGGAACGCAGUGAAGCAGAGGCGCUGCAGGAGAGAAGGGGCUUGGCUGUAGAGUUUAUCUUCUGCUUGGUGCUGAUCGAUGUGCUCAAACAACUGCAGUUUCAUCCUGGCCAUGAGGAUCUGGUGUCCUACAUAGAAGAUGUGGCCUUUAAACACUUCAAAUAUAGAGAAGGUGUGCAGAGCAGUCCGAACGCUGGCAACAUCCACACAGUGGCUGACCUGUAUGCAGAAGUGAUGGGCGUGUUGGCACACUCACGUUUCCUCUCUGUUCGGAAGCGGUUCAUGUCCGAACUGAAGGACCUCCGGGCCAAGGAACCAAGUUCUCACACCACUCAAAGUAUCAUAUCACUGCUUAUGGGCAUGAAGUUCUUUCGAAUAAAGAUGGUUCCAAUUGAAGAAUUCGAAGCAUCAUUUCAAUUCAUGCAAGAAUGCGCACAAUAUUUUUUGGAAGUUAAGGAUAAAGAUAUCAAACAUGCACUCGCUGGAUUAUUUGUGGAAAUUCUAGUACCUGUUGCUGCUACAGUGAAGAAUGAGGUGAAUGUACCCUGCCUGAAGAACUUUGUAGAGUCGUUAUACUCCCAGACACUCGACAUGUGCACAAAGUCCAAACAUCGGCUGGCCCUCUUCCCUCUGGUCACCUGCCUUCUUUGUGUCUCGCAGAAGACUUUCUUUCUCCAAAACUGGCACUACUUCCUUGCAAUGUGCCUGUCACACCUGAAAAACAGGGAUCCAAAAAUGUGCAGAGUCGCUCUAGAGGCUUUGUACCGCCUACUGUGGGUCUACAUGAUACGUAUCAAAUGUGAGAGCAACUCUGCCACCCAGUCUCGGCUGCAGAGUAUAGUCAACAGUCUCUUCCCUAAGGGCUCCAAAGCUGUUGUACCCAGAGACACCCCUCUGAACAUCUUUGUGAAAAUCAUCCAGUUCAUAGCUCAGGAGAGACUAGACUUUGCGAUGAGGGAGAUCGUGUUUGACCUGCUGUCCGUGGGUAGGCCCAUCAAAAUCAUACUGACUCCUGAGCGGAUGUCAAUAGGCCUGCGGGCAUUCCUGGUAGUGGCAGACAGUCUGCAACAGAAGGAGGGAGAGCCGCCCAUGCCUCGAACCUCAGGGGUCUUGCCAUCUGGCAAUACACUCAGGGUCAAGAAAACCUUCCUCAACAAGAUGUUAACAGAAGAUACAGCUCGCAGUAUUGGUAUGUCUGCUUACUUCCCUCAUGUCCGGAGGGUGUUUGUUGAUAUUUUGAGAGCUUUGGACGUGCAUUAUGGUCGACCCCUCAUGAUGACUAGCACACAGAAUGUCAAUAAGGAGCCAGAUGAAAUGAUAACUGGAGAACGCAAGCCACGCAUCGAUCUGUUCCGGACAUGUGUGGCUGCAGUGCCAAGACUGAUCCCUGAGGGCAUUACUGGUGCGGAGUUGGUAGACCUGCUGGCUCGGCUCACGGUGCACAUGGACGAGGAGUUGAGAGGUCUGGCCUACCAGAGUUUGCAGACACUCGUCAUAGAUUUCCCUGACUGGAGACAGGAUGUUAUAUUGGGGUUUACUCAGUUCCUGGCAAGAGAUGUCCAGGAUACGUUCACUCAGUUGAUGGACAAUGGGCUGCGGAUGUUGCUACAGUUGAUCACCAGCUGGAAGAAUGCACUGGGGCCGACCCGGGACCGCCAGCCUAAGGACACAGAUACUCUCAGGACCUCUGUCACGCCCAGACGAUCCGAUCAUGCUCUGAGAGAGCAGUCGGUGUGCAGUGUAUUCCAUCAAGUAGAAGGGUUUGCUUUGGUUAUGCUGUGCAACAACCGGCUCUGUCCACGGAGACUUGCUGUACAUAUUCUGCGAGAAGUCAAGACUCUCAUCAAAGCUUUUGGAGCUCUAGAGGACGACCAGCCAGUGAUCGAUGUUAUAGACAGGUGCUGCCCCCAAGUGGUGGAUAGUUGCAUGGCCAUGCUGCCUCCAGCGGAGAAAGCUGCAGUGCUCUCUGUAUCUAAUAUAGAUCUCCAGUGGAUCUCUGACAGGAACUCUUCUGUAUGGACUGGAGGUUUGCAAGAUGAGAGCAGUUGGAAACCGUCCAGCAACAUGAUCAGUGGAGCCAGUGACCCAUGGGCAGUCUGUCUGUUUGGGUUCCUGGAGAGAGGGCGAGUGUUGACCCACUGUCCGUCAGCCGUCUCUCACUCCUGGCCGAUUGUAUACUCUAGGCUACAUUCUCUGUUUACUGUUAUUGAUCCUACGCCAGUGAGUGACAACAGAGCAUCAUUGUUGAGAAGCUCUGCUCCACCACGCAAGCCGAUCACGGAGCGUGACAUGCACAUGGUGGUCUGGCGUAACUACGUCACAUUUGCUAUGAGAGUGGUCCCGCCUGCCCCCAGCCCUAUCGUCCGCUGCGCUUCUCCCGACCUCAGUCUCAGUUUGCCCUCAGGUCGCACUUUCUCCAGUGUCUCUGAUGAUGAGUUAGGUUAUGAUUCUCUUUCUUUAACCUGUGUUCCAACUGCAGCUCCAAAACGACAUAAGAGGAGCAGUUCGAGUCCUGACAGCCUGACGACAGAGCGGAUGGAUAACAAGGCAGUGAACACGUCGCCCAGUGCUCUGUACAAGCUGGUGAUCCCCCUGCUGCGCUGUGAGGUAGCAGACGUUAGAGACGCAGCGGUUCACGCUCUUGGCAAGGUCAACUCGGACGCUUUAAAAGAUCUGAUGGAAGAGCUUGUGGUUUAUAUUCGAGAAGCUGUUGACAGAAAACAGGAGAACAUGCGCAGGAGACGUAGGAGAGAUGCCUUGCGCCUACAGCUGGUUAAAGUUUUUGAGUUAAUUGCUGGUUAUGGAACUUUUGGAGUUAGUUCUUGUGUACUGGAGAGAGAUUCACAAUCCUUACAUCCCACGAUAGUCGAGUAUGUGGACGGAGCGAGGCUUUGUCUUGAGGCUGAACCUGACAAAGAGGCUUUGAAAGAUAUUAAAAUCCAUUUCUGCAACUUCAUUAGGAAAAUGCUCAAGAGUUUUCCACUGGAAACAUAUCAAACGUUGUUAAAGAGGGAUCUGCGGCGCAACCUUUUCGUUCUGUUUGCCGGCUGGAGUGGCAGUUUCGGUCGAUCAUUGGCCUCCGCCCUGACCGGUUCUGCUGGCCCCAGCUCCACAGUCCCUGCCACCACGGCUCCGGAGCCUCCUGCUGAGGAAGAGGAACAGCAGUUCUGUGCUCUUCAGGCCAUGAGUGCAGUGCUCUGUUGUGGUCCUUGCUUCGAGCCGUCGGCCCUUGCUGAGGAAGGCUGUCUCUAUCCUUGGCUAGACUCACUCCUUGCUUCAAAAGAUGAAAAGAUCUACAACCUAACAUGUGAGACUGUGGUGCUUCUGCUGGAGUGUAACCCAGACAUGGGUCCUCUCCUGGACUGGGUUGUGGACCGCUGCUACACGGCCAAGGCCAAGGUUGCUGAUGGCUGUUUCCUGGCACUCGCCACCAUAUUUAGUGCGCGGGAAUACCCUUGCGAUCAUUACACCGCGAUUAUAAAUGUGACUCUGAUGAACACCGGAUGUCCACGCACCCACGUCCACGAGACGGCUCUACAGUUGCUGCAGGUGCUGGACAAGAGGUUCUUCGGGGCCGUCGGACCACUUCCUGCAGAGGGCGAUACCGGUGCCGACAGACGCAGGGGAGGUACCUUGGACCUCCUGUUGUCCACCACCUACUGCCGCUCACAGAUGCAUCUCUCCAGACAGUUGGCUCAACUGCACCCUGAGCUCACCAUGCCCAUGUUCUCUGAGAUCACCCACCGGUUCCAGACAGCCAGGCCUGAAGUACGACAGCUGCUACUGCAGUAUCUGCUGCCUUGGCUACACAACAUGGAGCUGGUAGAUCCUAAUGUACCUCCAGGCAAUCCUCUUUCCUAUUUUCAGUACUAUGCAAGUGACAUCAGCCGCUCUGGAGGUCGCCGAGAAGGCUGGGGUUCGGUGGAGGCGACUGAGAUGGUGCUGAACAACCUCUUUUACAUCACUGCCAAGUUUGCUGACGAACACCCUAAGGAAGUGGAGGAGGUCUGGGCUACACUCUGCUCCUGUUGGCCAAAUAAUCUCAAGGUCAUCAUUCGUUAUUUGCUAAUCAUAUCCGGGAUGGCUCCUCAGGAACUCCUGCCUUAUGCUAAGCGAGUAGUGCUGUACUUGGCACGGGCCCGGGCAGAUCGGUUACUGGAUGAGAUGAUGUCAGAGCUUCAGACCAUCGAGACUCUGAACUGUCUGAUAGAGCGGACGGAAACGCCGCCAUUCUAUCGACUGACCAGCAUGCGCAAGGCUUCCAGCCACUCAGACCCUGGCCCCGGCCAGACUGAUCCGGCCAGCCGAGCAGACCUGGCUGUGGAGAAGGGCACCAUCCAUACCAAGCGGCACAGUGGUGAGGAUCCAGGCAAGACUGGCACAUCCAAGUCAGACUCUGCCUUGCGAGCUCUGGCCAGCGGCUUUGUCCCGCCAAGAGGUGCUGACAAGAUUCGUACGGCUAGCGGACCUGCCAUGCUCUCUGAAGAGACUUCUACGCCCACCACAGAGACAGAGCUGGCCCAGGUGGAUGAGGUGGGGACAGGCCGGUAUGACAUUCCCCAGCCACACCCCCUCCCCAUGCCAGAGUAUGGAGGCUAUUUCGCUCCUCUCACUGAAUACCUGCCUGACAACGGCCAACCGAGCAGUGGCUUCCACAGGUGUAACGUUGCUGUGAUGCUGCUCACCGAUGUGGUGGUGGACGUUGUUGAUCUGGACUGGUCUAUUCACGUGCCACUAAUGCUCCACAUCUUGUUUCUUGGACUCGACCACUCACGCACACUCGUCCACGAACAUUGUAAGCAGUUGCUGCUCAACCUUCUGCUGGUGCUGGCUGAUCAUGCAGAUCACCUGUCUGUCGCUCAGAUCCUCCUCAACCGCAAAACUAUGGAGCUCGGUCUUGGUCUACCCACUCCACUUCUUCCUGUAAUAACACACAAUUUUACAGAGCCUGACACAGAGUUCGACAGCUACCUCCAGGGUCCUGUGAUUCUGUCCAACAGUCUGGCAGCAUUACCCAGUGCUCCCCCUUCCCAAGGGGAUGUGGUACCAGCCAACCCUCCUGUCAUUGUGGUCCCGGAAGAAAGUCCCUGGACUGGGCCCCAGCCUGGCCCUAACAUGCCUGUCCAGGACGUCAUCAAGUCUCUCAUUGACUUUCUCGCUUCAAGGCAAAAUCAGGUGCUGUGGAGCUAUGAAGAUAUAACGGCCAAGGUAUGGAGUUGCCGUAGCGUAGAGCAGCUGGAUAUGUUCUUGCAGCACGUACUGAGGAUAUUCCGGGACUCACUGCCACAUGCACUCAUCUCAGAGCGAUGGGCUCAGACCGCCCUGCAACUGGGCCUCUCGUGUUCCUCGCGCCACUACGCAGGUCGCAGCCUGCAGCUGUUCCGAGCCUUACGUGUCCCCAUCACCUCGCGCAUGCUGAGUGACGUGCUCUCACGCCUUGUCGAGACUGUUGCUGAGCAGGGCGAGGACAUGCAGGGAUAUGUCACUGAGUUACUUCUAACACUGGAAGCAGCUGUGGAUUCGCUGGAGUCAGACUUCCGACCCUUGGAUUUUAUGAAGGAGAUCUUCAAAUCUACACCAAACCUGAACAACAAAGAAGGAGUAGUGGCAGGAGUGCCAGGAGGUGGAGCUACGGGCGGCAAGCGGUCCCCAGGCGGUGGAGCAGCCGUGGCAGGCAUGUGUCCUAUGGGCAGUCACCUCAACCAUGCCCGCAGCACCAGCUACUCGGUGUCCUACUGCAUGCGUAAAGCCACCGGCUCACCCUCCAACAUUGACGCUAAAGAACUGCGAGGACGGGUGUUGUCCGAGCUGGAGUCACGCUCAGGCUGCAGUCUCAACAAGUACUCGACGAACCUGUGCCGCUCGCGGUCUGCACAGUCGCUCAAGCUCCUGGGAGAUUCAGCCAGUGCUGAUGACAAGAUGACGAUACUUGCCCAGUUGUUCUGGUUGUCAGUGUCGCUGCUGGAGAGUGACUACGAGCACGAGUUUCUGUUGGCCCUGCGGCUCCUCGGCCGUGUGCUGCACCGACUGCCUCUGGACCGCCCUGACGCUAGGGACAAGGUGGACAAAUUACAAGCUCAACUGCGAUGGAACAGCUUUCCGGGAGUCCACGCACUUUUACUCAAGGGCUGCACAAACCCCAACACGUAUGAGCCAGUGAUGACGCUGCUCUCCCAAUUCACCCCUCUUCUGGAUUUGCCAGUGGUGGACCCCACACAGAGCCUGGCCUUCCCCAUGAACGUGGUAGCCUUGCUGCCCUACAUGCUGCUGCACUAUGAAGACGCCAAUCAGCUUUGUAUCAUGAGUGCUGAGAACAUCGCCCAGGUUAGCACAGAGAAGAGCAAAAAGCUGGAGAAUCUGGCGACAGUAAUGACCCUCUACAGCCGUAGGACUUUCAGCAAAGAGAGUUUCCAGUGGACAAAGUGUGUGGUCAAGUACCUGUAUGACAGUUACUCCCACCUCAGUCUCAACAUGCUGGCAUUCCUGGUGGAGGUUCUAGAGAAGGGGCCGGCCAUGGUUCAGCUUCCAGUGCUCAGCAUCAUCCACUGCAUGCUGCAUUACGUGGACCUCGCCUCAGCAGCUGCACAGCCCAUCAAUGCUGACCUCCUGCGUGUCAUUGCCAAGUACAUCGAGGGUCAGCAUUGGAAAGAGUCAUUGAAAAUAUUGAAACUGGUGGUGACAAGGUCCUCCUCUCUGGUCGCUCCACCCCUGCCUACCCAUCAUUCCACUUGGGAGCCUCAUCCUUCUUGGAGUUCUGACACAGAGGUUUUCUCUAAAAAAGAACUGCCUGGACGCACAAUGGAUUUCACAUUUGACCUCUCUCAGACUCCGUUGAUAGAACGCAAGAACCUCAGUGGUAGGACAGAGAAGAGCAGUUUAGCAUCUGCCUCACCUCGUCGCUCCGUCUCACUCUCCCCAGCUGACAGUGCUUCCGUCUCCGGCUGGAAACGCCCCUGGAUGUGUCAGGGACGAGUGCGAGAGGGGUUGGUCAACCUGCUCACAACCUGCGGACAACGUGUUGGAUUGCCUAAAAGCCCUUCGGUAAUCUUCAGCCAGAGCUCCGACCUGAUGGAGCGACAGUCCAGCAUGGCCAGCAGCACAGAGGAGGUGUCCGGACCCGACCUUUCCGCCGGAUCUCAGAACCCGGACCACUUCGGGGUCUUCAAGGACUUUGACUUCCUUGAGUACGAGAGUGAAAGUGUGGAGGGAGAAAGCACAGACAACUUUAAUUGGGGAGUUAGACGUCGUCCAUUGAGUGAAGGGGAAGGAGAGGGGGAGCCAAGUCAGCGUAACCUGGAGGAAAGUUUAAGUGAGAAGACGCCAGUUCUUAGUAGUCGAAAGAUUGGAGCAGGUCCUGAAGAGUCGUCCGAUGAUGAAGUGGGAUCAGAAUCACCUCUGGACGAGAUGGCUGCAGCACCAGAGUUUGGGGGUGGUGGCAACUCAGCAGCAGAAAGUGGUGUCUAUCCUCCCUUGUCCCUCAACCUUCGAGAACGUAGAGACUCGGGUACUAGAUCUGACACAUCUGGGUCAAGUGCAGGAGAUCUGGGUGAUCUCACUCCCUGCAAUGCUUCACCAAACCUGUCAGCUCUCAUGUCAUCAUUCCGCCCAAUCACAAGAGAUGAGACGGAGGAAGCAUGGCGACAGCACAUUCAGGGGCUACUGGCACAUGUUCCAGCUUCACCGUUGAAUCUGUUCCAUUUACUUCACAGGGUGAUUAAGGAUGUAUUGCGGAAAAGUGUAUGUCUGACACGAGAGGCAUGUCACUACCUGUCGGAAAGUGGAGUGUCUGCAGAUCAACUGACCCAGCAAUUGGCUUCACUGACCGACACAUUGGCUCUCCAUGGAGACCCACCUCUUGUCUGGUUCAGUCCAGAAAGAGUUGCAGGUCCCAGACUGGCAGAGUCCCUUCGCUUCGGCAUGCUUGAACUCAAGGAGCACUUGGACACUUUCUUGGACAGGAAGGAUCAUGCUGCUGGGUGUUUGGACUCCCUGAAAGCAGUGGGAAACAAGGAGUCAGUGCUGGACGUUGGACGAUCGUUGUACAAACUUCAUUUCCAGUUGUUGCUGCUGCUGGAGUCAGCCACCAAGAUGUUCACCGCCCUAUGCUCUACAGCCCAUGACAAUCAGUUGCAUGACAUAUCAUCAGAGGUUGCACAGAUGCGACAGUCACUGAGCCACGCACAAGAGGAAGGGCUGGAAUCAAGUGACCAGGGCACUCCUACCCCCACCGCUUCGCCCUCUCCAUCCCCUCUUCCGGACCAGACAGAGGCCACACUGGUGGAACUGCUGCAGGAUACUCAGUGGCACUCUGCACUUCACUUUGCACACCACAACCGGGGAAUGUGGCCAAGUGAGCUCAUCGCAAUGGGCUGUGAGGAGGACGACAUCACCAACAUCCUGAGUGUUUACUGCUACCACCUUGUCAGGGAGAAUCCAGAUGUAUUUGUCGUGACAGAACAAGAUCUGGGACAAGUUCUGUCAGGCCUCAUGGAAGGUCUUUAUCAAGUUUUGAGUGCGAUCAAGUCAUUUGAUACCAAAGUACAAGAUCAACGAAGAGCUAAUUAAUUAGUGCUUUUGCUUAUAGUAUUUUUUGCAAGUUCCUUUAUGUGGCAUUAUAUUAAUUAUAACUUGUGUUUUAUAUUUUAAGUACUUUUGAUAUCUAAUUGUAAUACCUUUAUUCCAUUUAUAGUUAUGUAAACUAUAUUUUGCAUUUUAUUUAUUUAUUAAUAAACAUAACUCAAUACUA